UCUCACCACACCACGGCGGGAAAACCAUCUUUUUUUUUUGGGAAAUCCCCCAAAUUCCAAAACCAAAGAAACUCUAUUUCCCUCUUCUUUCAAAACCCUAGAUACAGAACGCGAUAGAGAAAUCGAGACAGAAAUUAAAUUCGUAGAUUUUAACAGUGAAUUUCUCUGAUUUAAUAAUGGAAUCAGCAUUACCAGUGAAGAAAUUCAUGGUAGAAGACGAAGAAGAAGGAGAAGAAAGUGAUAGAGGUAGUAGUCCAAUGCGUUAUGUACCACUUCUUCGUGUUUAUUCAUCAACAGAUCCUUAUGUUACUGCUACUACUGGAUCUUCAAAUGUUAUGUCUAAGAAGGUAAAAGCUCGAAAACUUGGUGAUUUUGAUUAUGAAUCUCAUUUCGAUGAUGAAUCCGCCCUAAAGAAGAAAAAAACCACAUCUCCUUCUUUAAGGGUUUAUACUAGACAGCGUAAAAGGGCAAAAAUUUGUAAUGAGAAAUUCGAUGAAUCAAAACCUAGAAUUUUGAGCAAGUGCAGUAUUAAAAGUGAGAGGAAAUUUGAGGAUGAGGGUUCUGAAUCUGAGAGGCUGGAGAAAGCUAAGAAAGUGGGUAGGAAGGAGAAGAAGAAGACGAUUAGUAAUUAUGAAUUGCAAAAUUUGGGGGUGGAUUCGAGUUUUUUGAGUGGGUUGGAGUGUACUCCUGGUUCUAGAGAAACUCGAGGUCGUAAGAUGUCGAAGUUCUGUCAAGAUCCUCAAUUGAGUAAGGGUUCUGCAUCUCCUCAAUUGAAUAAGGGUUCUGCAUCUGGUUCAGUUAAGAAAUGGGUUGAGUUGAAUUUGAAGGAUGUUUAUCCGCAAACAUUCAUUGGAAUGUCAUGCAAGGUAUACUGGCCUUUAGAUAAAGAUUGGUAUCCAGGAUCAGUUGCGGGAUUUGAUCCAGAGACCAAGGCGCAUCAGGUUAAAUAUGAAGAUGGAGAUUGUGAAAGUGUAACUCUUUCAACUGAAAAGAUAAAGUUUUAUCUUUCUCGCGAGGAAAUGCAGUCUUUAAAACUGAGACCGCGUUCUGCAAACAGCGACAUUGGUGGCCUUGGCUAUGAUGAGAUGCUUGUGCUGGCUGCUGGUUUUGAUGACUGCGCAGAGCUUGAACCUGGGGAUAUAAUAUGGGCCAAAUUAACAGGUUACGCAAUGUGGCCAGCAGUUGUUGUGAAUGGAUCAGAUAUUGCUGCAUUUAAAGCUCUUAAAUCCAAUGUAAAUGAGAAAUCAGUUUGCGUACAGUUCUUUGGAACCCACGACUUUGCAAGGAUCACUGUGAAACAAGUUAUCUCAUUUCUCAGAGGUCUUCUUGGUUCUUUCCAUUUAAAGUGCAAGCAACCACGAUUCGUUACAAGCUUAGAAGAAGCAAAAUUGUAUCUAAGUGAACAAAAGCUUCCAGGAGCAAUGCUGCAGCUCCAAAAUGGGACACAAGGUCAGGAUUCUGGAAAUGAAGACAAGAAGGGUAGUUCAAGUUCGGAUGAUAGCAAUGAAGGAGAUAAAGUGGUAGAGAAGUCGAAGGGAAUGACAAGUUGCCCAAUUGAUCUAGGGGAUAUGCGUGUAUUAAGCUUAGGUGAAAUUGUCAUGGACUCCGAACAUUUUCAUAAUGAUAAAUAUAUCUGGCCCGAAGGAUACACUGCAGUCAGGAGUUUUAAUUCUAUUACUGACUCUAGUGCAAGUUCUACUUAUAAAAUGGAAGUUCUCAGAGACCCAGAAGCUAAAUUUCGACCGCUUUUCAGAGUCACAUCUGACAAUGGAGAGCAGUUUAAAGGAUCCACUCCAUCUGCUUGCUGGAACAAAAUCUACAAAAGGUUGAGGAAAUUGCAGGAAGAUUUGCCUAAUGGCGAAGCAGGAGUUAAAAGGAUUGAGAAGUCUGGUUCUCAUAUGUUCGGUUUUUCGUAUGAUAAAGUUUUCAAACUUAUAGAGACAAAUUCUGGACGAUCUCCAAUAUACUCCAGACGCGGCCUACCUGGCGGGUAUAGACCUGUUCGUGUUGAUUGGAAAGAUCUUGACAAGUGCAAUGUUUGCCACAUGGAUGAGGAAUACGUGGAUAAUUUGUUCCUGCAAUGUGAUAAAUGCCGAAUGAUGGUACAUGCAAGAUGCUAUGGUGAACUUGAACCUGUAAAUGGAGUACUUUGGUUGUGCAACUUAUGUCGUCCAGGGGCACCGGAGUUUCCUCCGCGCUGCUGUCUGUGCCCUGUUGUAGGGGGUGCAAUGAAACCUACAACUGAUGGACGUUGGGCUCAUCUUGCUUGUGCAAUAUGGAUACCUGAAACAUGCCUAUCAGACAUCAAGAGAAUGGAGCCCAUUGACGGGGUGAACAAAAUUCAUAAGGACCGCUGGAAGUUAUUGUGUAGUAUUUGUGGUGUGUCGUAUGGAGCUUGCAUCCAGUGUUCCAAUAGUACUUGUCGCGUGGCAUAUCAUCCACUUUGCGCCCGAGCUGCUGAUCUUUGUGUUGAGCUAGCGGAUGAGGACAGGCUUCAUCUGAUAUCUUUCGAGGAGGAUGAGGUUAAUCAGUGUAUUCAGUUACUGUCUUUCUGCAAGAAGCACAGGCAGCCAUCUAAUGAGCAUCCACCUUCUGAUGAACAAAUUGAGCCGAUAGCCCGAGACUUUUCCAACUACACUCCUCCACUUAAUCCAUCUGGGUGUGCUCGUAGUGAGCCUUAUGAUUUCCUUGGGAGGAGGGGACGGAAAGAACCUGAAGUUCUAGCGGCUGCAUCCAUGAAGCGGUUAUUUGUUGAAAACAGGCCGUACUUGGUUAAUGGUUACUGCCAAAAUGGAUCAGUCGGCAACUCAUUCUCAGCUGAUGAACUUGAGCCCUCGAGAUUUUCUUCUAGCCUACAGAAAUUGAGAAUGUCUCAGCUUGGGAUUCUUAAGGGUGUACUGUCUAUGGGCGAGAAAUACACAUACAUGAAGAAAACCUUCAGAAAAAGACUAGCAUUCGGAAAGUCAGGAAUACACGGAUUUGGCAUCUUUGCUAAGCAUCCACAUAGAGCAGGAGACAUGAUGAUUGAGUACUCGGGCGAGCUGGUUAGACCCUCAGUAGCUGACAGAAGAGAGCGUAUUUUUUACAAUUCUUUAGUGGGUGCUGGGACAUAUAUGUUUCGAAUCGAUGAUGAGCGUGUUAUUGAUGCCACGAGGGCAGGCAGCAUCGCCCAUUUGAUAAACCAUUCAUGCGAACCAAAUUGUUAUUCAAGAGUGAUAAGUGUUCAUGGUGAUGAGCACAUUGUAAUAUUUGCGAAAAGAGAUAUUAAGAAAUGGGAAGAACUGACAUAUGAUUACAGAUUUUUCUCCAUUGAUGAAAGACUAUCAUGCUAUUGUGGUUUCCCGAGAUGUCGUGGUGUUGUCAAUGAUGUUGACUCGGAGGAGCAAGUUGCAAAGCUAUAUGUACCUCGAAGCAAGUUGAUUGAUUGGGAAGAUUAGCAAAUGCAUGGGAAUUCUGUGCUUCGUAUAACAAACAGCACAUAUUUUUGUACAUUAGUAACCCUACAACCUACAAACCUAACUACGAUGAUAUGGUUCCAGGGGAGUUAUCGGAAGAUCCUAUCAAGAAAUCUAGUAUGCAAUGUCUCUAUAAAACUCAUGUCUUUAUUCUCUUUACUGAGUAGGAUUGUAUAAUUCAUUACAAUGAAGGAAGCAAAUCCACCCAUGGGAAGAAAUGAAAAUAGGCGAGGCUGAACUAAGAAUCAGCCUGCAUUUGAAACGAUGUACACUACUGUACAGUUGCUAUUAGUCAUCGGAAAUCUGUUGUUCUAUGUUCACUCUAAAAUAUCAAACUAAUCAAGUCUGUAGCACAAAUUCACGAUUAUAUCAAUAUUAUAAUGGGAAUCUCACAGUUUACCCUGC